AUGUUUCAACAGAUCUGGUGGCUGGAUCCAGAACUGACGUAUGGCAAUGCCAAGCCAUUUGUCUUCACGCAGGGCCACUCAGUGUGUAACCGGUCUUUCUUCCCCUGCUUUGACACCCCAGCAGUCAAAUGUACCUAUUCAGCUACUGUCAAGGCUCCAGCAGGCAUACAGGUGUUGAUGAGUGCCACCCAAAGUACCUACUUAGAAGAGGAAGGUGUGUAUCAAUUUUACAUGGAAUAUCCAGUUCCUGCCUACCUAGUGGCCCUGGUGGCAGGAGACCUUAUACAUGCAGACAUAGGUCCAAGGAGCAGAGUGUGGGCAGAGCCUUGCCUGCUGCCAACAGCCAUCAGCAAGCUUUCUGGCAUUGUUGAGCGCUGGUUGACUGCUGCAGAGAGCCUGUAUGGCCCAUAUAUAUGGGGAAGAUAUGACAUUGUUUUUCUUCCUCCAUCCUUCCCUAUUGUUGCCAUGGAAAACCCAUGCCUGACCUUCAUCAUCUCUUCCAUCCUGGAGAGCGAUGAGUUUUUGAUCAUCGAUGUCAUUCAUGAAGUUGCCCACAGCUGGUUUGGAAACGCAGUCACCAAUGCUACAUGGGAGGAGAUGUGGCUGAGCGAGGGGCUCGCCACGUACGCGCAGCGCCGGAUCACCACUGAGACCUAUGGAGCUGCCUUCACAUGUUUGGAGACUGCAUUCCGCCUUGAUGCUCUCCACAGACAGAUGAAGCUCCUUGGAGAAGACAACCCGGUCAGCAAGCUUCAGGUUAAACUGGAGCCAGGUGUAAAUCCUAGUAAUUUAAUGAACCUCUUCACCUAUGAGAAAGGCUACUGCUUUGUUUACUACCUAUCCCAGCUCUGUGGUGACCCAAGACACUUUGACUCCUUUCUAAGAGCCUACAUCGAGAAGUACAAGUUUACCAGCGUUGUGGCUCAAGAUCUUCUGGAUUCCUUCCUGAAUUUUUUUCCAGAGCUGAAAGAGCAAUGUGUUGAGAGCAAAGCAGGACUGGAGUUUGAACGUUGGCUCAAUGCUACAGGACCUCCGUUAGCUGAGCCAGACUUAUCUCAGGGAUCCAGUCUGACCAGACCAGUGGAGACGCUCUAAAAAUUCAAACUCUGGACCACAGAGCCUCUGGACUCUGCUGCUGCUGCCAGCAGUGUUGACCUCACUAAAUGGAGAACGUUCCAAACCGUGCUUUUCUUGGACAGAUUGCUGGAUGGAUCACCACUGCCACAUGAGGUGAUAAAAAAGCUCUCGGAAUGUUACUCCUCUCAGCUGGACUCCAUGAAUGCAGAGAUCCGUAUCCGCUGGUUGCAGAUUGUAGUCCGAAAUGACUAUUAUCCAGACCUUUACAAAGUCCGUCGCUUCUUGGAAAACCAGAUGUCUCGGAUGUACACAAUUCCACUUUACGAGGACCUUUGCACUGGCACCCUCAAGUCUUUUGCCUUAGAAAUUUUUUACCAGACCCAAAACCAGCUGCACCCCAAUUUGCGGAAAACCAUCCAACAGAUCUUAUCACAGGGCUUGAAUCCACUGCCUGCCAUAGACACUACAGCAGUCACUACAGACACACCAGCGAUGGUGCUUGAGGACAAAGUCUCAGAGGCCACAAACGGUGCCAUUUCACUCAGGGAUGUUAAUGUGUCUGCUUAG